UUUGAUUUCUUCCUUGAUCUCAUUGUUAAACCAUUCAUUGUUUCAGUAACAUGUUAUUUAGUCUUCAUGUUUCUGUGUGUUUUUUUAGUAUUGUUGUGAUUGAUUUCUAGUUUCAUAUCAUUAUGUCAGGGAAGAUGCUUGAUAUGAUUUCAAACUUUUUAUAUUUAUUGAGACUUGUUUUAUGUCCCAGCAAGUGGUCUAUCACAGAAAAUGUUCCAUGUGUACUUGAAAAGUAGGUAUAUUCAGCAGCAUUUGGGUGAAAUGCUCUGAAGAUAUCAAUGAAAUUCAUCUGAUCUAGUGCGUCAUUUAAUCCACUGUCUCCUUAUGAUUUUCUCCCUGGAAGAUCUGUCCACUGAUGUCAAUGGAAUGUUGAAAUCCCCAACUAUGACCAUAUUUCUAUCCACCUCUCCCUUUAUGUAUAUUUCAUCUGCUUUACAUACUUUGGUGCUCCUAGGUUGAGUACAUAAAUAUUUACAAGGGUUAUGUACUUUUGUUUGGGAAGCUAUUUAUUUCUCCUUAAAUUUUAUUUUUAUUUUCUAACCCUUUUUCUUUUUUAAAGAUUUAUUUAUUUAUUUAUUUAUUUAUUUUUAAAGAGAGGAGAAGGGAAGGAAAAAGAGAGGGAGAGAAACAUUAGUGUGUGGUUGCCUCUCGAGCGUCCCUCACUGGGGACCUGGUCCUCAAUCCAGGCAUAUGAGCUGACUGGGAAUCAAACCAGCAACCUUUUGAUUCUCAGGCCCGCAUUCAAUCCACUAAGCUAUACCAGCCAGGGUGUACUUCCCCUUAAAUUUUAAAUGAUAAAUUUGCUGGGUAAAGUAGUCUUCCCAGACUUCUGGGUAAAGUAGUUGUAGAGCCUUCCUUUUCAUCACUUUGAAUAUUUCAGGCUGAUUACUUCUGGGCUGAAAUGUUGAAAUGUUUUUGUUGAAAAAUCCUCUGACCAUCUUAUGGGAGCUCCCUUGUAGGUAACUCUCUUUUUCUUGCUGAUUUUGAUUGUCUUUAACAUUUUGCAUUUUAAUUUUGAUGUGUCUUGGUGUGGGCCUCUUUGGGUUCAUCUUCUUUGGGACUCUCUGUGCUUUCUGGAUUUGACAUUUUUCCUUUACUGGGUUAGGGAAGUUUUUAGUCAUUAUUUCUUCAAAUAUGUUCUUGAUCCCUUGCUUUCUCUCUUGUCACUCUGAUACCCUAUGAUACUGAUAUUCUUAUGCUUCGUGUUGUCCGAAAAGUAUGUUAAACUAACCUCAUUUUUUAAAUCCAUUUUUAGUUUUUCCUGCUCUUAUUGGGUGUUUUUUCCUACCAUGUCUUACAAAUCAUUGAUUCGAUCCUCUGCUCAUCCAACCUGCUGUUUAUUCCAGUAUAUUUUCAUUUCUGAUAUUGUAUUUAUUUCUGACUGGUUCUUUGUUUGUGGUUUCCUUGUCUUUUUUAUGCCAUUGACCAUCCUUAUAACCAUUACUUUGAACUCUGUAGCUGAUAAAUUGCUUGCCUCCAUUUCAUUUAAAUCUUUUUCUGGAGAUUUCUCCUGUUCUUUCAUUUGGUGCCGGUUUCUUUGUCUCCCCACUUUGUUUGCCUCUUUGUGUUUAUUUCCAUUAGAUAGAUGACUCCCAGUCUUGGUGAGUUGGCCUUAUGUAGUACAUAUACUGUGGGGUCAAGUUGUUUAGCCUUCUUUGGAACACCCAUAGCUAGGUGCUCCAGCUAUUUCCCUUGUGUGGAUUAUGUGGGCCCUUCUGUUGUAUUUGAGUCUUGAAUGCUAUUGGCUUGUUUGUAUGUGGAAUUAACCCUCAGGCUGGCUGACUAUGAGGCUCAACCCUGACCAUGGUAUGCAAGUUGCUGCGCAGGUGCCGACCACACAGAGCUGAAUUCAUAUGGACAGAUAUGUGCAAAUAAGGAAGCAAGGAAGGAAGGACUAUUCUGUCUUCUUAUACCACACACAAGAAGAAAUUUAAAAUGUGUUAAAGACUUAAACGUUAAACUCAAAACCAUGAGAAUCCUACAAAAAUAAAUUAGCAAUAAAAUCUAGGACAUUUCUCACAGCAAUAUAUUUUUCUGAUAUAUCACUUUGGAUAAGGGGAAAAAAGAAAAAAAUAAACAGAUGGGACUGCAUCAAAUUUAAAAGUUUUUGUUCAGCAAAGGAAACCAUCAACAAAACGAGGAGGUAACCCACUGAAUGGGAGAACAUAGUCAACAAUGAUACAUCUGAAAAGGCUUUAAUAUCUAAAAUGUAUAACGAACUCAUGUAACUCAACAAACACACACAAAAACCAAUUUAUUUAAAAAAUUGUCAAAGAAACUGAUUAGACACUUCUUCAGAGAGGACAUACAGAUGACCAAUAGACAUAUGAAAAGAUGCUUAACAUCACUAAUCAUCAGAGAAAUUCAGAUUAAUACCAUGAUGAGAUAUCACCUCACAUCUGUCAGAAUGACUACCAUCAGUACAUCCACACACAACAAGUGCCAGAAAAGAUGUGGAGAAAGGUAACCGUAGUGCACUGUUGGUGAGGUUGCAGCUUGGUGCAGCCCCUGUGCAAAGGAAUAUGGAGUUACAUCAGAAAAUUAAAAAUGGAACUACCUUAUGACCCAGAGAUUUCAUACUUGGGAAUAUAUUCAAAGAAAUCCAAAACACUAAUUUGAAAUAAUACAUGCACCCCUAUAUUCAUUGCAGCAUAUUUACAAUACUCAAUAUUUGGAAGCAGCCCAAGCGUUCAUUAGUAGAUGAAUGGGUAAAAAAUGCUAUGGUAUAUUUAUACAAUGGAACACUAUCCAUCCCUAAAAAAAAGGAAAUCUUACCAUUUGCGAAAGCAUGGAUUGGCCUGGAGAGCAGUAUGCUAAGUGAAAUAAGCCAGUCAGAGAAAGACAGGAGGCAUAGAAUUUUAUUUAUAUGUAGAAUCUCAUGAACAAAAUAAAAAAGCAAAAUGAAAACAGAUUCAUAGAUUCAGAGAACAGACUGACAGCUGUCAGAGGGGAGAUUGUCGGGGCCUGUAUGAAAAAAACCCUCAUAGACAGAGACCAGCAACAACAGUGUGGGGGUUACCCCAGGGAAGGUGGGUGAGGUGUGGGAGAAGAGGGUGAAGGGGGAAUAUACGGUGACAGAAGGAGACCGAGUUGGGGUUGUGAACACACAAUACAGUGUACAGGUGAUGUGUUAUAGAAUUGUACAUCUGAAAACCAUAUAAUUUUAUUCAUCAGUGUCACUCCAAUAAAUUCAAUGAAAAAGUGAAAAAAUAAAAUGCUGAUAAAAUAUGAUUCAUAUUUCAAGUAUAAUUCAAGACUGCCAAUCAAAGUAAUAUAGAGAAAUGUUUCUCUUUUUUUAAUUAAAGCCAAGUAUUUUUUUUAAAUUUAUCUUUAGAGGGGAAGGGAAGGAGAGAGGGAGAGAAAUAUCAAUGUAUGGUUGCCUCCUGUCUGUCCUCUGAUGGGAACUGGCCUGCAACCCAGGCAUGUGCCCUGACUGGGAAUCCAACCGCGAUACUCUGGUUUGCAGGCCCGCACUCAACCUACUCAGCUACGCCAGCCAGGGCCGAGAAAUGUUUCUAAUAUCAAGGGUCACUGACCAACAGAAAUAAAUGAAUGCAUAAAAAAUAAAGUGAUACGAAUUUGUAACUUAAGAUACUUUCUGUUUCAAAUUUUGUAUGAUUUUUUGAAUAUUAGGAUAUUGGACCUGAACUUUAGCUUAAUAUUUGAUGUUAAACGUAUCCUUCUAGGAAAAAUUGUUUUUGUUUAAAAAAAAACAGAUUUUUCUUUCUUUUUUAAAAAUCAAAUGUAACAUGGGUAUCUUUGGAAUGUAAAUAAUUAGAUUCCAAAUGGUUAUAACCAGACCCUGUGGGUCUCUAGCUCUUGAAGGCUCAAAGCCCUAACACUUUAUAAUCAAGAUUUAGAGACUAUAAAUUGAAUGGUUACAUUAAUAAUUUUGUGAAAGAAAAGAGGAAGAAAGAAUAAUGAGAAAAGUUACUUAAGUUGGCAAGUUAUGCCUUAGGUAAUGACAAGUACCUAAGACAGAUAUUUAGUUAAUUUACUUAUUUUGAUUUUGGAAUUAGACUUUUAAUUAAAUAUAGUACUAUCCAUGAUUACAAAAUUUUAGAAUAACAGUUAUACUUAUUUUUUGUUUCUUGCUUCUCUUUCCCUCCCUGGUUUUCUGAUAUGUUACAGCAAAGCUACAAACAUACUGGAAUUAAAAUGAUCCUUCUUUUUUAUUGGCAUUUUUAAUAAUACUAGUCCACAUUUAAGUUUAAAUCACAUUCAAGAUGAGAUUGCAGAGUCUGCUUAUUGAUUGGUGUCCUGCAGUGAUUUGCAAAUGUAAAAUUGUAAUCCUGUAUGUUGACUGCUAAAAGAUUGUUUAAACAUAUGGUUAACAAAUCCGUGCCUGUGAUGAGAAGCGAGUGUGAGAAAAAAUACAAUAAAGGAAGUUUAAAUUUUGUACCAGUAAUAAUUUUCUGACACCAAAGGUUGUUGAACCCUGUUUAAUGAAACUGAUUAUUUAGAAGCUAGUGGCUUAGUAUUGAUGGAGAAAUGUUCCCCACGUUCUUAUGAUCCCCACUAUUUGGGCCAUGACCAAAUUCACUUGUAAAAUGGUGUAUAUUUAUUCUCACUCUUAAAAUUCUCAGUACAAAUAAACUUUGCUAACUCAUAAUGCAAAGAAACUUGUUAACCAUUGUUUAAUCCGGUGUCUGACCUGAGACACUUGGAGAACCGGUGUUUCAGAAGCAUUGCUGGUUGGGCACUGGCCGUGCCAUCUGCAGUGAAAGAAUUUGGCAGGAUGGCUCAGACCAUUUUGCUAGUACAGCUCCCUGGAGACCUGAAGGCAAAAGUUAUGCUGACUAGCAUCUGUGAAUGAAUGCAUAGAAGACAUUUAUAAAAUGUAGGAAGAACAUCUGAAGAGAAUGAAUCCCAACAGCCCUUUUAUCACAUAUGAUUUCAGUCAGUUGUUUGAGUUUAUUGACUAUCUGGCCAACCUCAGCUACCUCAUUGACCAACCUGAUACCCAGACAUCCCAGCCUUGUAACAAAAACUGAAUUAAAGAGACUGUGUGCUCCUUCGUCCGCAGGGCCAGCAGGCCAGGAAAUGGUUGUGCUGGAGGCAUCAGCAGGGCAAGAGUGGACACAGAAUAUAGGCGUGUACAGCAUUCUGUAGUGGAAGUCAUUCUGUAGUGGAAGUUUUCUAUUACAGUCAUCCUGAUUCCAUGUUGGUACGCUCUAGCCAAGAUUGUGAAUGUAUUAGAUGAAAUGUGAGGAUCUUGUUCUAACUGAAACCUCCAUCACUCCCUUUUUUUGUUCUUCUUUUUUUUACUUAAGCACUUUUAUGUUGAUUUAGAAGGAAGUUUUUCUUUGUCAGUUAAUGUUGGUUCCAAUCCUUUAAAAACUGUUCACAUUUCCUUUACCACAUUCACUGUACUAACCCCACUAAACACUUAAAGUUUUGUGGGGUGGUGAUGACACAGUUUAGUGAUGUCUUAAGAGAAAGCCUUAGUGAAAAACGAACAAGGGUUCUAGAGUAAAAAAAAAGAACAUUUCUUUAGUCAUGUUCAUAAAUGAAAAACACUAUGUAAAUAUAUUGCACAGGUCAAAUGUAUUAUCCAGACUUAGAAUUAUUUGAUUUCCGCUAUAAUCUAGAGCUGUAUUUCUUCAUUAUAAAUAAAAAUAUGACAACAGAAGAACAAAAGAAACCUGUUUAGUUCUUAACUAACUACAUGUAAGUUUUCUUCAUUAUUUGGAACUUGUAUCUAAUUUAACCUUUAAGCUUUAAUAUGGGCAAUUUUAAGUUUGUGGAAAUAGCCAAUAAGAAUUGUAUUGUUACUACUUUUUGCUUGAUAUGUUCAAUACUUAGUAAUUUGUAAGUGGAACUUAGAGGCCUCAGGGAUUUUUGAGGAUAUAACCUUACUACACAGAAUAUAGAAAAAUUGUAUUGCCAAACUAAUUUCAUACAUCGUAGAAAAUUUACAAGCAUAGAUAUCUAUAAGUAAAACAUUUUUCUUAUUCUAAGUGAAGAAUUGCUUAGAGAAAUGGAAACUAUUAAAUCUUAAGUCUUCAUUGGAGGAAUUUAGCAGGGAAAAAUUCUGUGAGACAGAAUUAACCCUCCUAGAAAUCUUUGCAACAUCAGGGUUGAUUCUUUCUGAGUAUAGAUUUGUACAGAACAUAUUUAUAACUUGCCUGAUUCAGACAGACACCAUUUGGCCAUAGUCUCCUUACAGCUAUUCUCUCUGGUGCUUUUCUAAAAGACCACUUUUAGAUACCAGCAGUCCAGGUAAUGGUGUCUUUUCCAUUUUAUUCUGGCAUUUAGAGAUCUAAAUUUUUCUGAUUUCUAAGCCCUCUUUUGUACCUGAGAUUAAGUUUACAGCUAGUUAAGAGCUAAUUCAAAAGAGAUUAGAUUUUAAAACAUAUGUAAAUGUGUUUUAAAAGGAACAACUAAAAGAAUAAGACAUAUAAACAUUAACAUAGAGAAUAAAAGAUUUUUGCUUUUUUGUAAUUUGAAAGUAUAAUGAACACCUGCCUUCAGGUAAUAAACAGUUUUAGAGUAUUUGCACCGACCACACUGUCAACUAUUGAAGCUAGGCUGAUAUAAAUAAAAGUGCUUUCAUUUUAUAAGCUAGCUUGGACACUAUACUGAAGGCAUUAGGAAUCUCUUCAAAUUGCCAUAGUAAUACAACAGCCACAGGAGCAAACAAAAAGCAUGAAUGUGUUUUCGCAAUGUAGUUCCAGUCUGGUUCCUCAAGAGUACCAUCCGGUAGGCAGAAUACUAUGACACUUUCAUGAAGUGUGGUCACAGCAUGUAAAACACAUAAAACUGAAAGAAUUAAAAGUUAUUCUUAGACCAUUGAAGUCACCGAGGAAGUACAGGACACUUCGGGGCAGGCUCCUGACUAUGUGCAGUUUCCUUUUCACGUCUCUGGGUGUGCCCACAACAUGACUCAGUACUUGUAUAUUUUCUGGAUGUGUGACAGAGGGGCAAGCAUAGACAUGUUGAGACAUUUCUGGUUCCCUUUUUUUGAGGGGGUGGUUAAUCAGGAAAAAAUUAUUCUAUUUUAUUUUUAAUAAAUUUACUGGGGUGACAUUGUUUUAAAAUUUUAUAGGUUUCAGGUGUACAGUUCUCUAACACAUCAUCUGUAUAUUGUACUGUGUGUUCACCACCCCAAGUCAUGUCUCCAGUCACCUGUUGAAGACACACAUAGCCAUAGACAGGAAGCUGCCACCCUCACUUGCAGAUGCCUGGGCUCUUCUAAGUUCCUGUUCCAUCUCUAAGAGGAAUUUUAGAGUUUUUCUGCUUCUUAGCUGCCGUUUACAUUCAGUAAGGCCUCAGGGAUUUCCUUUGAUCUCUUCGUCCUUGGCUGACUUUGUAAACCAGACCUUUGUCUUGGGGAAUUUUUGGUAAGUUAUCACUUUUAAGGAAACGUGAGACAUGAAACAUGUUCCACAAAGUACUCUUGAAAAAUGAUUUUCUGUAUUUGAGAGUUCCAUUGAAUACAUUUCGAAGUACACAACUCUAUGGCCUUCUGCUGGCACUCAGCCAUUUAUUGUCAUGAGCAAUUAUUCAGUCUGGAAAAUGAUUUGUUUUUUACUUUAAGAUUAAUUGCAGCCAUACAGAAAUUGUGGCAAGCCAAUGACUAUAUGUUGUUGGAAAAUUAGUUAAUAAUUCAGUAGCGGUGUUCACAGCCACAGUUGUUCUCAAAUGUCAUUGCUUCCUCUAGCCCCAGCUGAAGGAGAAGUGGGUGAGUAAAAAGGUCUCUAUACCAUGGCUGGGACAAAGCAGACUGCCCACAAAUCCACCAGUGGAAGAGCACCAAGGAAGCCACUGGCUACCAAAGCCACUCACUCACAAGAGCACACCUUCUACUGGAGGGGCAAAGAAACCUCAUCAUCACAGGGCUAGUGCUGUGGCCCUUCCUGAAAUUAGAUGUUAUCAGAAGUCCAUUGAAAUUCUUAUUUGCAGAUUUCCCUUCCAGUGUCUGGUGUGAGAAACUACUCAGGAUUUCAAAACAGAUCUGCCCUUUCAGAGUUCAGCUAUUAGUACUCUGCAGGAGGCAAGUGAAGCCAAACUGGUUGGUUUUUUUGAAAACACCAACCUGUGUGCUAUCCAUACCAAACACUUAACAAUUAUACCAAAAGACAUCCAGCUAGCCCACCAUGAACAUGGGAAAUGUGCUUAAGAAUCCACUAUGAUGGAAAACAUUUCAUUCUUUAAAAAAUCUUCUCCAUGGCCCCUUUUUAAAUCGACAUGCAGCAGCUGAGCUGCUGGCAACCACAGAGGUACCUCUUGCAAAGGAAAUAUUUGGUUAUCCAAGAGCUGGCCUAGGCAAAGAAAUAGAAGUAUUCUGUUGGCAGGAUGUGGAUGUGAAGAAACAGAAAGAAUAAUGGAUUUAUUUCACUGCCCACACUUGGAAGAAUCUAUUUCAGAGAAGUAAGGGAAAGUCACACAUAACUAACUGUGUCUGUGAGACCCUGAUGCAUAGGAGGAUGGCUUUUCUGUGUGUGAAUAACAUCGGCCCCUAUCAUCAAAGCUAAAGCACACGUCAGUGAAGCUGGAAAAAAGCUGAGCCUCGAGUUCAGAUAACUGUUGGGAGAAUUUGUCCACAGUUGCUUAAAAUUACUAAUGAUUGAAUGUCAGCUUGUUGUGUGUGUGUUUAAUAAAUAUGAUCCAUAUUUGGAAGUAUAAAAAGAGUUCUUUUUUUCUUGUUAUUGAUAGUUCUGAAUUUUUGAUACAUAUUUUUGGUGGGGUCAAAAGUUACCUAAGUGUAUGAUUGCAAGUAGAAAAUAGACAGAAAACAGAGAUUGGUAGUUUUCCUAUUUUCAUUUGUGUGCAAAUUGUUUAAAUAUAUGUAUAUAUUUUUAAAAUACAUAUAUAUGCGGGGACAAAAAGCAUUAAUGCAAGUCAAAAUGUUUCAGUGAACAAGUUUCAGCAGUUCAACUUUAUAACAAUAUAAAUAAACCUGGACAAUGCCAGCAUUUGGAUUUUUUUAACAAGUAAAUUUCUUAUUGAUGGCAACUAAAGGGUGUUUGCAGCAUUUUUAUCACACAGUGAAUACCAUCUAUUCACCAUACUUUUUUGAGUUGUCCUACACGCAACUACACGUAUUUAAUGCUGUCUCCUGUGCCGUUCCCGUAUGUUUGCUAUUAAAGUACAUCAAACUAGCUGAAGGCAGGUCCCGCCCCUGGCAGCAGGAGAGGCAGGAUAUUGACGGCCCACUGAGCUGUCACCACCGUUAUUACCAUCUUUGCCGACAUCAUGCUCCAAUUCCUGCUUGAAUUUACUUUUGGCAACUGGGUUGGAAUGUAUCUGGCUCAGAAUUAUGACAUACCAAACCUGGCUAAAAUGCUUGAAGAAAUUGAAAAAGACUUGGAUGCCCAGAAGAAGCACCCCCCCGCCCCGCCCUGUUCAUGAGGCGCGUUCCAGCCCUGCGCCCUGGCAGUCCUGACCCUGCUGUCCUCGCGGGCUUCCUCCUGGAUCUGAACCAAAAGCCCGUGUCUUACUCUCCAGUCUCUGCCUUUGCUCCACCCUGCGUGGCCUUCGAGCACACAGGGGCCACAAGUUAAGAACUGUCCUCAUGUUUCCAACACCCUCACCUCUUUUCUUCCUCCUGCCAGUUGCUUGGAGGGUCCUGAGGCUGGAAUUAUGGUGCUAGAUUAGUAAACAUAGCCUUUAAUUAGUGGUCUCUCCCUUAUUCUUUGGGACAUCUACUGCCUUUUCCAUAACAAAGCAAGCUGACUUUUGUAUAGCUGAUCAGAUAUAAAUAAUGCUGAUUUCACCAUUUAGUGAUUAUAAUGGGUGUUGAAACAUUCGGCACUAAAUUAUGUUGUUUCAAGGUCAUUGAAAUUAAAAAUCUAGAAGCCAAAAAAUACAUUAAACUAUAAAACAAUAAUUCACUAGCUUACAGAGAUUGUCUUUGCUUUUUUCUGAAUCUAUAAUAGUGUCCUCUAUAAUAGUUUGCUUUAUAAUAUAGUUAUUUCUUUUCAUUAAUAUGGAAAGUAAAAGCCUUAUAUUUGGUGAAACAAAUGUGCGGUAGAUACUAACAACCAUUGUUCAUAGAGAGUUUUUCAUAACAUUGGUGGAAGCACAGCAUAUAAAUCACGUAUCUCAUGCUGCAAGUGUUGUACUCAAGGUUUAUCACAAGUUAACAAUCAGCAUGUAUGAUUUAUAUCAAAUGACCUUCCUGCCAACUUAUUGACAAAGGAUUUGUGCUAUCAACUUUUUUCAUGGUUGCUUUGGACCCAUUCAUAUUUCUCAGUUAAAAAUACGUUAAGUGCCACAGUGGAGUACACUUUUACAUUUUAGUUCGAACAGUAUUGGAUGGAACAUUUUCGGGAUAAUAUUUCAUACAUUGUUAUUCUAAUCUCACAUGGUAUAAUACAUGCCUAGAAAUUUUGUCCUUGGAUAAUAUACAGAAAUGCAGAAAUCCAAAGCAAUGGUUAGCAGCCACUUCUCAUAUGCAGAUGAUUCUCCUACUAGGUUGUUCUCUGUGUACACUGAUGCGGUGUAUUUGUUCUGUCUGAUUUCAAGUGACAUUUCCAUGCUAGCUUUCUAUUUUGGAUCUUUUCCUCUGAAAAUAUCCUUUUCUCUUAUUAAAAUAAAAGCAAUUAACAAUAUAUGACCCAUGGUUCUAGCACCUACAGUGUACAGAAUGUUUUAUUACAGAGACAUGAAUUUACAGGAUACAGCUUAAAUUUUAAAAAAAAAAGGAAAUAUCUGUAAUGACCGGAGAUGGUACAGCUAAGACUUAGGACUUGGUAACUAAUUAGAAACAAGGGUGUGAAUGCUAUUGGCUCUCUCUGUCCCCAUUUCUCAGUUCUUUUUAUGUGCUAUCUUCUCUUUUUGUGCAGACUAUUAUAUUUUAAUUCUAAUGCCAUAUGGCAGCGUAUACCUCCUGGAUUUGGCCCUUUUCUAGUUAAUAAACUACCAAGUACAGUUUGCUUAGUUUUGAUUCCAAAUGUGCACAGAAAGGAUUCUGAUUGGCUCAGUUGGUGGGUCAGGUACCAACUUAGGACCAAUCACCUACAAAUGGUGGAGGGGAAGAUGGCAGAUUUCUGUGCAGUUUCACAAAAACGGGGGAUGUGAUAACAAAGAACUGCGCAGGCAAAAUAAUACUAAAGCACUUUUUAACUUAAUUAACCUAAUAUUUAUUAGACAUCCAUUUUAAGCUAGCCAUUGUGUAUAGCUGUUGUCCUAGAUAAAGAAGAAGAUACAGUAUCUUCAUCCAAAAUGUGUUGAAAAGGCACAGCCACUGCACCAAUCAUUGGAGUGCAAUGCAGACAGAAAAGGAAGUUUGGUGAGGAUCAACUGGAGAGAAAUAGGCGGUUAUGAAAAUAAGAGGUUUGAUCCUUUUCAGAAUUUUUGGGAUAGAAGAGAGCAAGCCAAAGGGACAGAAUCAAACUUGGAAGCAAAUGGGGGUUGACUGAGCCUAGUGUUAAAGCUGGAGGAAAUGGGAGAAGAGCACUUAGGAACUUGCUGGGUUUCUUCCUCAAAGAUUAAACCAGAAGAUGGAUGAAGGCAUUAGUAACAGUUGAAUUUUCAAGUAAAAGUGUAGUGGACUUAAAUCAAUAGCUUAGGGCACUCUUUGACAUUAUCUUGUAUGUAGGAGCUUAAAUGCCGUAGAACCGUAACUUCCCUGCUGCCCGGUCCUCUGUUCUAUGGUUCUUUUUUCCUGUUUUGGAUGCUCAUGGUGUCAGCGUUAUUGGCAUGGUUAACCCCACAGAUGGCAUUCAGGAAAAGUGAUUGUCCCCUCAUGGGUUAUCAUUUCUUUCCAAAGAUGGCUUUUGGAUUCAUUUCCUAGCAUUUUUAUAGUUCUUUUGUUAAUGUUAGCACGUGAACUAGUAAUUAUUAUAUAAAGGACAUGUAUAACACUAAGUGGCAUUAAAGUAUUUAAGUUUUUUUGUUGGCUUUUGGACAAUUUUAAGGUUGUGCUGACAGGUUUCCUCUUGCAGAUAAAUUAAAAUACUUUUUUAAAGUAAUGUUUCUUGGCGAGGCUAUACUCAAUGGUAUUCUAGAGUUCAAAUGUAUUACUUUGCCCAAUUUUCUAUUUUGUAUGAAAGUUUAUAAUUCAAACAGAAGUACAAUAAAAGUGUCUCUCCUGAAAUUGUACUUUGUGAAACAAGGAUGGCCAUUACUCUGCCCCUUGAGGUUCAUAAAUUUUCCCCUUGGCACGUGUUCCCUGGGUUAACUGGCAAUAAAAGUUUAGCGUUUACCCAUACAAACGUUGUUAUUUUCUCAUAUUUUUCAUUUUGUUCAUUCUCUGUAAACAAUGGUUUUGAAAAAAUAAAACAUAUCUUUUGAAGGUUAUACACAUGUGGGGGGCAAAAGUAGGUUUACAGAUUUUAUAUGGAAUGUAAUACAAUAACUAAUAAGUGAUAGAAUAAGAAUAAGUGACCACAGCUGAAAACCUGCUUUUUGCCCCACCCAGGACAUAUGAAUUAAACCUCUGUAAAGUGCUAGAGUUGUCUUGUGAUGCAGAAUUCCAUGAAUAUAUCAUGCUGAAAAACAUGAAGUGAUAGCUGAAAGUUUAAAUGAUUAAAUUAAGAAAAUGAUUUAUGCCAGUUACUGAUGAUAGGUGACAGAACCCUUUUUUAAGACCAAUCUCUCCUCAUAUAACAUCCCCACAACAACAGCAACAACAGACUACCCACCUGCAAAUUCAAAACUAGUUACAUAAUGAUCGUCAUGAUGUUUUUCUAUUGUUGUUCAGCUACAGUUAUCCUGCCUUUUCCCCAUUGCUCACCCCUACACUCCCUCCCCACUCCCACGAUCAACACCCCGCAUUGUUCAUGCCCAUGUGUCCUCUAUUUCUGUUGAUUUGCUUGCAUUUAUGCCCUUCUUCUCCCCGUUAUCCUCCAACCCCCUCCCCUCUGGUCACUGUCACUUUGUUCUUUAUUUCCAAGUCUCUAGUUGUGUGUUGCUCAUUUGUUUGUUUUGUUCAUUAGGUUCCACUUAUAGGUGAAAUCAUACGGUAUUUGUCUUUCAUUGCCUGGCUUAUUUCACUUAGCGUAAUGUGCUCUAGUUCUACACAGGCAGUCCCAAA